UAUUCUUUUGACAUUUCAAAUGAUUAAUUUGUGACAAUUAAUAAAAAAUUUGGUGUACGCUACGGUACGAGUUUAUUUACCCAGAAAAAUUCCAUUAAACGGCAAAGUUUUUCAAAAUUAGAUCUAAAGGAGUCACUAUUUCCACGAUGUCCACUCUUCUAUCGAAAUUUGUAGAUACUAUCGUCAGUUUCAAGGACCGUAAAGGUUCACCUCUCGAAGAAAUACUCAACAAUAUUAAUUCUCAAAGGAAAAAAAAGCUGAAAAACAACUCUCUACAUGUUAAAAAGGCGCUGGAAAUCGGCGUAAAAACUGGUCUUCUCAAAAAGUCAAACGGGAAAUUCAAAUUAGGUAUUGAGACGAAGUAUUACGACUUACUUAAAAACUUCAGGUAUGUAGCUAAAAGAUGGUCCACUUUCACAGAAAACCGACGGAACGGUAAAAAUCAGCAGGGAAAACAACACAGGCGUGGAAAAAAUAUAAAGACGAGCGCAGUGGUGUCGGAUCGUAGUAGACGUCCAAGACGCAAAGGAAGGAAGCGAAGGGAGCGACGACCACGACGAUCAUCGAAAUAUGGACGAAGAAAAUAAUUUUUGUAAUCAUUUAUUAUUCAAACAUUGUAUUUUCUCCACUUAAUUACAUUGUCUCCAUUUAAA